ACAGUCAAGAUGGCGUACUCCAUGUGUGCGGUCGCAAGACCCGUGAACUCCUCAAAACACACACAUUUUGACUUCGUACUACGCUCGUAGAAACUCCGUUUAACCUUUUUGUCGAGCGAUCUCGCUAGCGCGGUUGAUUCCGGGCGAGAAGUCUACGCGUCCCCGCCUGGGCUACGCGAAAUUCAAGCGGUUCCUGUGACAACUGUGUUAUCCACGUCGAAGUCUUUACAAGUGACCUGAGGUCAUUUGAAGCUGUGACGAUCCCCUUUAUUCAUCGGAGAGGAGACCUCGCAUUCCCCGAGGCUUGGAGGUGUAGCCGCGUUCACAACAACCGCCGUACUACGACAUGUCGCAGACGACUAAGAUCAAGCACGUCACCAAGGAGGUCCUGGAGGAGUACGUCCUCCCCACGGAAAACCAACAGAUCGUCCGGGUGCUGAAAGGCAGGGGAAACAAUCUGCACGAAGUUGAAGAGCCAUCUGGCAACACUUACCUGGUGAGCAUGCCGGUGAAGUUCAGAAAGAACAUAUGGAUCAAGAGAGGUGACUACGUCAUCGUUGAACCAAUUGAGGAAGGGGACAAGGUGAAGGCCGAGAUCCAGCGCAUCCUGUACCGUGACCAGAUCAAGUACAUCAAGGAAGAGGGUCUGUGGCCAAAGGCUUUCGACAGUGAUGACGGUAAGGGCGACUGCAACAACACCAGUCCUAAAGACAGUGACGAUGAAGAUGACGACAACGACCUUUUCGUCAAUACCAACCGUCCCACUGUGGUCUAUGAAGAAAGUGAUUCCUCAUCCACUGAAAGUGAAGAUGAAGAAUAGUACAAAAUAAAGCAUAUUUUCGUA